AUGGAACCGUUUGGUAAAGUUGUUCUAGCAGAUCGAAUGCAGUGCAAUCAGUGGCAGUGGAUGUGUAGAAAUGGUGAAUGCAUCGCGCAGUACGAUUACUGUAAUGGUAUUGCUCAAUGUAGUGACGGAUCCGAUGAAAUGGCUGGUUGUGAAACGCGGCCUAUGGCAAUUAAUUAUGCUGGCGUGUUUCGUGAGGAUCAGAUGCUUAAAGCGACUAAAGUCCCUCUACCAGUCGCGACAACAACCACGCUGCGCUCACCUUUCGGUUUUAAUAGUGAACGAUUGCAAGACUAUUGGAUAAUGAUUUUUUUAGUUUCCACUUUUAUGAUAGUUGCUCUAUCUGCUCUUUAUUAUCGAAGCUAUAGAAUGAAAGCGAUAAGGAAUCGAGCGUUUGGGUUAAGGAAAACUGAUAUUGCCGAAGAAGAUGAAGAUGAUUUACUUAUAAGCUCAUUGUAUUCACAAUAA